AUGAGUAAUCCAACUGGUAUGGGCAAUUCAACUGCUCGGCAUUUGGAAGAGGUUCAUAAUCAAAUGCUUCGUCAUAUCAAUCAAAACAAUCAUCGACAUGCUCAUUCCGUGCACAGUCAUGUGCAUGAAAGUCGACCAGCACCUGAAGCUGCACAUGCAUUGAAUGCUUCACAUCAUAGUUAUCAUGCUGCAGCCAGAGCUCCUCCACCCAGUCCUUCACUAAGUUCAGAAACUUGUACUGGAUCAGAUGAUAUGCACGACAUGUAUGCUCUCGGUUGUUAA